ACACACACACAGACAAACACAAACACACGCACGCACACACUCAGUCCACAGAGCAGUGGAUGAUCUGAUUUCACCGCAGAACAACCUCUGAUCUGAUUUCUAAAAGCUGCAUCGGGAAAAACCAUGAAGAUCGACUAAGGAGAAAAAAGGGAGGAAGAAGACGUAAACAUAAUCAGGAGUAAAUCCUUCAGGAAUAAGAGAUGUGACAAGUCAGCGGUUCACCUCCUGCUCAGAUCCUUUAAGAUGCACUCUGUGAAGUCUUCCAUCGCGGCUGCCUAAAGCCUCAGGGGUUCAGAAAGCAAUAUGGCCCCAGCCCUGCCCAAAAUCCUGAAAGAUGGCCACGGCAUCCACCUGUCCUCACCUCCUUCCUCUGUCAGAGGGGAGUCCAGUAGGGGAGCCGUGCACAGGACUGAGCUGGAUCCUCACGUGAGGCCCACAGAGGACUGUGACCCCCAGAUGUGGCUGAACCUCCCCUUCUGUCCCUCUCUGGACCCCUGCCUGCCAGCGAGACCCCUGAAGGUCCUUGCCAACCCUGUGCUUCCCCCAUGUCUGGAGGCGUCUUCCAGCCAGCGUGAGUCGGCGGUCCUCUCCAGCUCAGCUUCUCUCCUCGGAUUCCGCUCCUUUAAUGAAGAUCUGAGAGAUUCUCAUCAGGUGGUCUCUGUCCUACCAGGUGUACCAGACAUGUUUUUAGGCCCUGUCCCUGAGCACAAUAGCCAAGAGGCUUGUUUGCUGCAUGGCCACGGUGCUGCUCAUGAAUGUGGGCCAGAUGGUGGUGAUGUGCACCGCUCCCCUUUCACACUGACUAGUGUUUCUCAAUCAGAUUUCUCUGGGGAGAUUAAGUCUCAGGACUGGGCUCCCUUUUUUCCACCAUCACCGACACUGACACAGGAGAGAGCAGCCACAGUGGACUGUGCUCCUCUAGCUUCAGAGCAGUCUUGCAGUGGCAGCUUGAACUUUGACCCGAUGGUACCCAGAGCUGCGCUGGAGAAGGCCACGAAGGAGCAGCUCUCUAGGCAGGAAGACUUGCAAGGCAAAGCUUGGAGGCUGCAGAAGAGACUGCAGGCCCUGCUCGGAGAACACGCUUUGCGACACUGCAACCAGCAGCUGGAGGGGCUGGAACGGCACAUUCAUCUUGGGGAUGGACUUAACGACAGCCUGGACUCCAGCCAUCUUGGUAUGGUACCUCCACAAGCGGGUGGGAAUCCCAAUCUGUCUUCACUGGAGUCGUCCACGGCGUCAUCUUCCUUCACAGAGCACAGAGAGUUGAGCCGCUCCAGCCAGGCCGUGCUGAGAGGCCUGCAGGAGGCCUUGGACUCGGAGGCCACAGCCAGCAGCAGCUCAGACAAUGAGGUGGAGGAGGAGAAGAGUCUCAAAACCACAUCAUCACGUGUCAGCAGCAGCAGCAGAUGUGAAAGGCGAUGGCUGGAAGAGAGAGCGGAGCUGGGCAGCAGAUGGAGCUGGCUGCAGCUGCGUCUGUCCGAGCUGGAGGGGAGGAUACAGCCACUGGAGGAGCUCCACAAGCAUUUCCGCUCGUCCAAAGGUGGUGUGGUGCUUGCAGCGUCCCAGCCGCUGACCGACAGGCAGAUUCAGCAGACCCUUCUGAAGGAAGCUGAAGGGUUAUGCUGCACAGCCUCAGAUGCUGACACUGAAACUUGCAGCCCCACACACCUUCUGCACAGCAUACAGAGGCAGAGCGCCGAGCUCAGCCAGAUCGUCAGAAGUCUGAUGCCUCCUCUCAGCUUUUCACCGCUCUCUAAACAAGCACAGACCUGUAAAGACAAGAGAUCCUUCACCAGUGGUCAGAGAGAAGAUGAUGCUUUUCUGCCCGGCAGCUCUAAGAGACAGAGACUGGCGACCACAAGGCGGUACAAGACUGAUCCGGGGGUUUGUGCCCGAACCCGGCCUCUGGUCUCCUACCACAAGCCCAAACUGUUCGCUUUCAACACACACGACUCCAGCAGUUCACAGGAGCUGGGGAUGUCCACAUCCACACUCAGCUCUUCACUCUCUUCAUCUUCCCAUGCAUGCUGCUCCUCUUCCGCUGUCCUGUGUUCUGAUGCGGACUGCAGUUCCAGCAGCUCGGCCCUGACCUCCAGGAGAAAGAGCUCCAGACCUCACUGUGCGAUGUCUCUUUCCUUUGGCACUCCUACGGCCCACCCCCCACAGAGAGCCCUCGCUCGAGAAGAAUGGUCCCAGUCGCCCACUCCAGUACACUUCAAGAGACGCACCUCCACGCCACUGCACUACGAUUAUAAAGAUGUCCUGUACCGGCCAUGUGAGCCGGAGGGAAGAUCAGACGAAGUGCUGGAAGAGAGCUACACACAGUUUCCACGCAAGCGGGACUCUAAAAGCUCUGUUCGCAAACGUCAGAGAGAGAGUGUUUACAACAUCAACAACAUUGUCAUCCCCAUGUUACAUACCAAAGUGGAGAAGCUGCAGUACAAAGAAAUCCUCACACCGCGGUGGCGGCUGUUGUCCAGCCAGUCUCCGAGAGAGAAAGAGACAGAGAGCAAGGAGGACAGUGAGGAAGCACAGGUUGAGGAUCUCAGCGAUGAAGCCUUUGCUCAGAGGCACGCGGCUUUGGAGAAGAAAGAGAAACUGCGCCGGUCUUCGUGGGGAAAGACAAAAUGCUUCAGGCAUCCUACAAGAUCUGGCAGCAGGCUGUCAGGCGGUGGGGGCGGGGUGCUCACAUCAGGAGAGGAGAGCUCUGCGGAGUGGAGCGGUGCUCAGCUGGAAACAGACGAACAGCCGAGCUCGGAGGAGUGGAUGCCUGUGACACCGUGGGAACGACGAGUGUUUCCUCUGGACGAGGAUGAGGAAAAAGCCCUUCUCUCUGACAGUUCAGUGUGCUCAAAUUCUGGUUAUCGAUCCGCAUCGAAGAACUCCAACUCCCAGCUCUCCCCAGCAGAAUCUUCAGGUGCUACACUGCCCUCUGGUGAACAAAGCAGCAGCAUUACACCUUAAGGUCGCUGAGGAAGCAGUACCUUAACCCUUUUUAUUAUUGCCUCAUAUCUGGGAACGGGAGGAGAAAACGUGCCCUGGGAGCCUUGUUUUUUGAUACUAAAUACAUUCGAUUUGUAUAGUGAUCUGAUGUCAUUAGAUAAAUACUUUAAGUAAAAGCUUUUAUUUUGUGAAUAUUGUAACACGUGUUCUUGUAACUGUAGCUCCUGCUACACUUUCAGGUUUUAAUGUAAAGAAAUGUAUACCAGCACAACUUCCCUGUAGUCUCAGGUGUGUGUACUGUUUGUAGUUGUUACCUGCUAUUUAUUUACACUGUUGUCUUAACAGGUCUGUAUAUAAAGACUUAAAUAUAUACAUAUGUCAACCUUCA